CUGAUCCUGGAAAACCAAUCAUCACUAGACCUAAGGUACUACUUUUAGGUACUAACGUUACAUUCAAUUGCUCUUCCACCGGAUGGAGUCCAUUACCAACAAUAAGAUGGCUCAUAGAUGACAUAGAAAUUACUGAUGGUGUUUCUACCAUAACUAAUGGAUCGACGGUGAUAGCAUCUUUGACGUUUAAUGUCAGUAAAAACGUUCACCUGAGUGUAUUUGCAUGUCAAGCUCGCAACAGCAAACAGGGAUUUUUCAGUUAUACACCUGUGGAAGUCUUCUAUGCACCAAACAUUACUGCAAGUCCAUCAUUACAAUUUGCAAACUCAGAUGAUUACUCAGUUAAAAUUAUGUGUAAUGUGUCGGCAUACCCUGAAUGGAUAACAGCUAUUAGGUGGAGAAAGUUGUCCGUGGAUGGUCUGAAAAAUACUUCUAUCGACGCACUAGAAAGAAUUAAAAAAUAUUCCAUCGAGACAACAGAAACAACGUCAGUUUUGCAAAUUUACAAUAUUGAUUUGAAUGAUGACGCAAAUUAUAUAUGUUUCGCUACAAAUGAAGUUGGUACUGGAUUAAGUAAUAAUGCGCGAGUUGAUGUUACUGACAGUUUACCAAAUGUUGUUGUGAGUCCAUCAAUACAGUAUGUAAACACAAGUGCUUUUCCAGUAAUAAUUAUGUGUAAUGUGUCGGUAUUACCGAAGGCAAAAUCGACCGGGUGGAGAAAGGUAUCAUUGGACGGCCUGACGAAUACUACAUUAGCGCUAGGAAGUGAUGGAAAAUAUUCCAUUUUUUACUUCGAUACAACAUCACAAUUGACAAUUAACAAUAUAACCCUUAAAGAUGAUGCUAAUUAUAUAUGUUUUGCAACAAAUACAGUUGGAACUGGAUUUAGUGAAAAUGCUAGAGUUAAAAUUUUAGGCAGUUUACCAAACGUCACUGCAAGUCCAUCGAUACAGUUUGCAGAUUAUGGUGUCUCUUCUGUGACAAUCCUUAGUAAGGUGUCGUCAUUCCCGGAAGCUACAUCUGUUGGAUGGAGAAGAUUUAACAUGAGUGGCCAAGCUUUUACAAUAAUAGAUGCAUUAAACAGUAAUGGAAAAUAUCAUAUUGUUAAUUCACAGAAAACGUCAAAUUUGACAAUUUCAAAUAUUGAAUUCGACGAUGAAGCAAAUUAUACUUGUUUCGCCACAAAUGCAGUUGGUACUGGAUUUAGUAAUUAUGUCAGAGUUGGUGUCUUAGGAAGAAUACCACAAGUUUCAAUUCCAAAAAGAACAUACACUGUUAUAUAUGGAGAGAACAUCACAAUUCCCUGUACUGUUGUUAAUGGUAGGCCAAUUCAUUUCAGAGUAACAUGGUAUUAUUUCAACAUUAGCAGUUUUGCUAUUUUAAAUGUCGGAGAUCCUUCCAAGUAUAUCGGUGGUACUCUGAAUAUCCCAGCUUUGACCAUUCUCAAUACCAACAACCAAGAUGGCAGAGUGUAUAAAUGUGAAGCCGAGAAUCAAGUAAACACCACACAAAGCAAUGAUACUCAGUUGAAUGUUAUAGGGGUAACAAUUACAUGCAGUGUGUCAGCAAUCCCAUCAACAGUAGCUGUUGGUUGGAGAAAGGUAUCACUGGACGGCAAAACAACUACCGAAAUAGAUUCAUCAAUUGGAAAUGAUGAUUACCAUAUUUCCAAUUCCACGUUUUCGGCAAAACUUAAUAUUAAAAAUAUCGACUUUCAGGACGAUGCAAACUAUGUAUGCUUUGCUAUAAAUGCUUUUGGAACUGAUUUAGUAAUAAUUCUAGAGUUAAUGUCACAGGCAGUAAGUUAA